AUGGCAGCCCUCUGCACCAAAUGUUUGAUCGAGAGCCGAGAGAGCGCACUGGUUGUAACCGCGGACCACUUCACAGCAUGUACCUACUGCGGCGCGAUCGACGAGCAGGCGACAAGAGUCCGCAAUACCGCUCAGUACACCGAGGCCUUCGGCACACUGUUACAUGACGACGAGCGCUCUUCGCUAUACAAAGAGACCCGCGAGAGGCAACACGAAUCGUUUAUCGAUAGUCUUCUUCACAUGUACCUCGUCGACCAGACAACGCGCAUCAUUCAUCACAACGGGAGCCAUUUCAAGGCCGGCGCGCGCUCGUGGUACAACAAGAUGCGCGCGGAGGAGGCGGGCCGACAGCUGAAAGGCAUGACAACGAGCAAUGGCACGAAGAAGGCCAGGAUCCGCGUUGCGCUCGCCAUCCUGUACACUAUCCAGGACAGCAACAUAACCCUUGUCAAUAGCUGUCUCAACCACGUCAAGAAGGUCCGAUCUCAGGCGUCCAACGUUCGCGGCGACGGGCUGAUCAUGGCCCCGUCUAUCGGCGCGCUUGCGGAUCGCACUAAGAAGUUGGGUUCCAACCACCUUGGGUACAUCGACAGCAAGGCCGCCGUACGGUCCGCACACCGUCAUUUCUGCAAAGUGUUCAAUCGCAAGCUAGAGGUUGUUGAUCUCCUCAUGUCACAGGUCCUCGUCAUGGGAUGCCACAUCGAGCGUUUGGCCAAGCUGGACUGGGCAGAGCGCCUCAGAGGGCUUAGCUUCACCGAGCUGAAGGCCGCGUCGGAACGCAAGGGGAUCACACUCGAGACCGCAGGACCUGACGACUUCGUCCUCGACUCUACGGCUUGGGAAUUCAUGAAGAGCAUCGACUGGCGGAAGACUCUCGAGGCCGCGUUCCAUCUCUACUGCGCCACCUGUGUCGUCGGUCUUUGGGGUGCAAAAGCGUCGACAGACAUCGCUUCCGCGCUGUUAUUCUGGGGCAUCACUGCUGCGAAACAGGGCGAGACCGUGCCGCAGAUCACGGGGUGGGUGACGGAAAUUGGGCAGACGUUUAGUGGUGGCCACGAGAACGCCAUGGCCCGCCGCUCGGAGCUUAAGGACAUGAUGAUCGCAUGGUCGACGAGCAUCCCUGAUAUUGGCUUGCCGAUGCCUCUCAUCGCCGGCCCCUCGCGCGGCAAGGCGGUCGGUGACGGUCUGCGCGGUUUUGGCGGAGACCAUAAACGCCCCAUCCCCGAGUACCAGAUGGCCGGUGCCGCUGCCCCCAUCAUCAUGGAGCACUGGCGUGAUAUUGCUCAGGCGCGCCUCCUGACGCGCGUCGCGGCCGUCCCAAUCGACACCGAGUUCUGCAUGGCCUCGAAGCUGUAUGCCAACAGAUGGGCUGAGAUCCACCCCCAGAAACGGUCAGGGAAGCCGUGGGCGCCUCCACCACUGCCCAAGUCUGACCGCAAAUUGUCUGCCGCAGACCAGAAAAUGAAAAAGGCACUGGAAAAGGCGCGCUCAAAAUCACGCGCUGGAUCGAAGGCAUCAAGCCGCUCUUCCUCUGUUCUUCCACAGUCGGAGUCGACCCGUUCCAGUCCUGCCCCAUCGUCUGUCGCAAUGUCACGAACGUCAUCUUUUGGACAGGAUACAUCAUCGUCGAUCGCGUCAUUCCGGAGCAUUGCGGUUUCGUCCACCUCGGUGCCGUCGCGGUGUCUCACGAGGGAGGGGAUGCUGCGACGCAUGCUGGCGCCGAGACCCCAACCUAUCCCUGCGCAACCAGAGCCAUCGAUCGAAGAACUGCUAGCGCAGCACGACGACUCCUCAGACGACGAGGUUGUGGGAGGACGCGAUGCCGACGGAGAGACUGACGAGGAGUGGGAAGGCUAUCUUCUCCUCCGUGAGCGGCGAAGGAAGAAGGGGGCUCGCAAACCACCCAACGCGUUGCGUCUCGACGAGGUGCCCAGCGGAGCGCCAUUCGCGUUCAGCAUCGGCCCGGACGGCUCGUUCUUGGUCGCGGGGGACGAGUCAACAUCAGGUCCUGUCGUUCCUGUUUCUCGCAAGCGCCCCGCCUCCCCCGUGCUGUUGGCAUCAGCGAAGCGGUCGCGAGUCGCGUCCCGCGUCCCUCCCACCCCGCCCCUCACGUCAUCGACUGUGGGUAGGACGCCGUCGCCGGCACUCACUGCCACUGCACCCACCGUCACUGGCAGCUCGCGGCCCGCGAGACCUUCCCCAACACUGUCCGAGAGUCCAUUGUUACGCGAAAUACGCGAGAUCAGUGAAUCGCCCUCGCUCCGCUCUAUAGGCCGAUCGCCCACCCUUCCCCAACACUCGUUACCCGACAAGCUCCCGGGGGAAUCGGAGGAAUCAAGCUACGCCUGCCUCCUCCGCCGCGAACGCGAGCAGUACAUCACGUACAACAUCUGGAGAGAACGCAACUGCGGCUUCGCGAUGUCUCAGGAGAUAGAUAAGGCGAUGGACGUCUGGGUGGAGAACGCGAAAGUGAAGGGGCUCCUUCCAACCACAGUCGGGAAAGAAUACCUCGCCUCGCUUGGCAUCCACGGUGACCCACGCAAGCAAGAUCUCGGGCCGUUCAUCAACAAGUUUGGAGAAACGGCUGGAUGGUCACCGACUACAUGCCUCCUCCGCCUCGGUAUCAAGCCGCGCGAGUUCCCCCACCAUCUGCUCGUACACUCGCUCAUCACCGCACACGAACAGCUGGGCAACACCAAGCUGAAUGACGUGCUGGCUCCAAUCGGGGACGAGAUCGACGACGAGCAGCUCGAGACCGAGCUCGACAUGCUCUUCGAGGUUGGCGGCCAGCCGUGGCGCCCGCUGUUCCUUUCGGAUGAGGAGGCCGACGACCGCGAGAAGGUCUACCUCAAGAUCGGCGCGUGGUCGUACGACCGCACGGUGCCUGAGGGUCCCGCGAACCGUCUCGACGGGGAGCAGGAUGUCCUUGAGACACUCCAGAAGCGCUCGAAUGCGCGGCGUACCACCACUCCCGUUCUCACCGACCGGACCUUCAACUCCCCAAAGGGUGGUAGCACGCGGAUCAAUUACGACGCUCUACGCCGUCUCGAGAACGAGGAAGACGAGAAGAAAGAAGAGAACCUGUACAACGACCUUGUGCUGCAUGGCGCACUGGGCCUUCGGGGGCUGUUAGCUGGAAUGGCCGAGCGGGAUGUGGACGGAUCAGAUGAAGAGGACGAGGACAACCUCGACAGCAUGGACUGGGAAUAG